AUUAGACACCAAUGUUUAGUAAAGAGUUGGAAACGUUAAAAGUCGGAGGAGGAAUUUGAUGAAUUUUUUUGUAGAGAAAAAAUCAAAAUUGGAUUUCAAGAUAUAAAAUAUAGAAAAAAGCUUUAGUAAUGAAAAGGGAGGUUCUUUUGGCGGUUAUUAUAACCUUAGUCCUCCUAGUCAACGUCAGUGGUAAUGAGGCUGAGGAUAGACUGAAUAUUUUAAAUGAAUUGUUCAGAAAUGUCUACAAUAACAUAACAGAACCCAAGGUACCUUUCGACAAUCAAAAUAUAUGGCCUAAAGCUAAUGCAGGUCACCUUUCUAGUUAUGAUUAUAUAGUCAUAGGUGCUGGUACUGCUGGAUCCAUUGUUGCCAGUCGUUUAAGUGAAAAUCGUCUGAAUACAGUUUUAGUUAUAGAAGCAGGAGGUGAUCCUCCUUUAAUAUCUGAAGUAAGUGAGAUUAAAAGCUUAAAAAAACAUGAUUUAUUCUCUAAUACCUCUUACACCUGGAAUGAUUAUACCGAACCGAAUCCUAACUGCUGUCAGGGUAUGAAAAAUGAACGCUGUUAUUGGCCGCGUGGUAAAAUGUUGGGUGGUACGGGUGGCAUUAAUGGCAAUGUUUUUCUAGAGGGUAGACCUGAAGACUAUAAUGAAUGGCAGCAGCAGGGCAAUAAAGAAUGGGCGUGGGAGAAGGUUCAAAAGUAUUUUACAAAAGCCAAAACAGAUGUCCGCCUUGAAAAUCCUUCUAAGGGAUCAUUAGUUUUAAAUAAUUUUCAACGUUCGCAAGAUUUUCAAAUAACAAAGGAGUUAUUUUCAAAAUCCAUAGGAAAAUCGGAAAUGGGUGUGAAUAAGGGCAUACUAGACAAUCUGGAAGCCACUAUUUUUCAAGGUGAACGCAUGAGUACGGCUAAAACCUAUUUGGCUAGAGUGGCCAAAGAACGUAAACAUAAUUUGCAUAUUCUAAAGAAUAGUGAGGCCAUUAAAAUAAAUUUUAGAGAUAAAACAGCCUUAGGGGUGGAAUUUAUAACACAAAAUCUUGCCCGGCAUUAUGUCAAGGCCAAAAAAGAAAUUAUUGUUAGUGCAGGAGCUAUAAAUUCUCCUAAACUAUUAAUGUUAUCGGGUAUAGGACCCUCGGAACUUUUAAAUAAGUUAAAUAUACCCCUGAUCAAAAACCUGCCUGUAGGACAGAAUUUACAAGAUCAUGGCAUGAUGCCUUUGUUAUUGAAAUUUACCAAAAAUAUACCCCCGAUAAAUAAUCAGACUUUGGAAAAGUCCCUUAAAGAAUUUUUCUUAAAACGUUCUGGACCUUUAGCCAGUAAUGCUAAUUUGGUGAGUUUUAUUAAUACUUUAGACUUAGAUAGUGAUAAAAAACCAGAUGUCAUGUUGGUAACUGAGAUAACCAGAUUUACUGAAAGUUCCAAUGUUUUUGAAUUUUUACAAUUUAAAGAGGAAAUUUGCCAAUUAUACUUAAAGCAAGUGGAUAACCAAUUGGUUUUACAAAUAUUUGGUCUCUUAGUUAGACCCAAAUCCAGGGGCUCCGUUAAAUUGAAGUCUUCCAAUCCUUUUGAAGGCCCCGCUAUAGUAAAUAAUUAUGCUUCGGUUUUAGAAGAUCGUUUAGCUUUAGGGCGCUUUGUGCGCUUUAUACAAUUUCUUAUAGAAAGUCCCGAAUUCCAGUAUUAUGGUUUAGAAUUGGUAACUAUACCUUUAGAGGAAUGUGAUCUAUUUAAAGCAGAUUCUGAUGAAUAUUGGAGGUGUUAUAUUAAGUAUUUUUAUAUUAGUGCCUGGCAUGGGGCUGGUAGUUGCCGCAUGGGUCCUAUUAAUGAUUCAUCUGCAGUAGUAGAUGAUAUGUUAAAGGUUCAUGGGGUCCAGGGUUUAAGAGUGAUUGAUGCCAGCAUUAUGCCUAAUAUAACAAGCGCCAAUACUAAUGGUCCCACUAUUAUGAUAGCAGAGAAGGGGGCUCAACUAGUUUUAGAUGAUUGGUUCGAAAAGAGAGGGAACUACUUACCCGAGGUUUAG